UAUUCUACAUAUAUAUGUACAUAUAUUCUACAUAUAUAUGUACAUAUAUAUGUACAUAUAUAUGACAUACUAUACAUAUACAUAUAUAUAUAUAUAUAUAUCUUUAUUAGUGUUUUUAAAUGCAGAAGUUUCGUUGACACAUCUCUAAAUAAAUUGAAACGAAUGAAUGCUUUGUUCAUGGAAUGAUAGUAUCGUUUUAUUAUUUUGUGAGGUUACGUAGCCACAAAUGACAGGAGCAUUUGGUCGUACACAAAUCGAACCUAGAAGUCAUGUAAAAGAAAUGUACAGAAGGUUUGGAAUCGAAGCGUCCUUUUAAUUCUAACCGUGAUAAAUCGAGCUCUAAAUUUUACAAAUAUUUGGGAAUUUAUGAAUGUGGCCACAGCGAGAUAUUUUGCGGAGGGUCUUUACUGGGGUUAUUGUGACCCAGGUAGACCGAAAAUCCGCCUUAACAAUAAGCUUUUGAUCAAGACUGCCAAUGUAAGACUGAACCACUGAUGCAUGAGAUAAUUGUCUUUGAUGUUAAGUACGGACAGCAUCAAUGGGAAACCUUUUCUCGUGCUUUAAGGUGUCUCUUCCACCAACCACCAAUGAUCAAUCCAUGUCAUUAGAACAUAAAGACGAAACAAUGGAACUUAGGGGUUUGUUCCCAAAUUCUUGCCAACAAACGAGGUCUAUGGCACCUGAACCACAUAUAAACGGAAACAGAAAAUCGAUCGCCACAUUAUCAACGUUCAACAGUGUAGGAUCUGAUAAUUGUGGAUCUGUGCCUAGCGUGCAAAAUAAUGUACGUUUGUCGAGAGGAUUUUAUGCACGUUUACCACCAUUGGGAAGAUCCGGACCAUCGGUUGGUCUCAACGUAACAAUUGAAUCAAAACAACAAAGAGAACCAUCUGAGAACAAGAUAAAUGCUUUGUUUGACCAAUAUAAGGAUCCACACGAAGAUGUAAUUUUAGCCGAUGGUAUAGAAAGACUUUGCAAUAAUUUACAACUUUCACCAGACGAAUUUCAAGUACUUGUUCUUGCUUGGAAACUAAACGCUGAACAGAUGUGCCAAUUUACACGUCAAGAAUUUGUGACAGGUUUAAAAGCAAUGAAAGUAGACAGUAUACGUGCUAUACAAACAAGAUUACCAGAAAUUGUUCAAGAGUUAACAGUAAAUAGUGAUUUAUUCAAAGAUCUCUACCGAUUUACGUUCCGGUUCGGCUUAGAUGUUAAUUCCGGUCAGAGAAUAUUACCAGCUGAUAUGGCAAUCGUACUAUGGAAACUCGUUUUUACGUUACGUGAACCACCUCUUUUAUCUAGAUGGCUUACAUUUCUCGAGUGCCAUCAUGUUCGAGGUAUACCCAGAGAUACAUGGAAUAUGUUUUUGAAUUUUGCUGAAAGCAUUGGCGAUGAUCUUGGUGCCUACGAUGAUGCAGAAGCAUGGCCAAGUUUAUUUGAUGAUUUUGUCGAGUAUGAAAAUGAUCAAAUGAACCAAAACAUCAGUAAAGAUGAUAUCAUAAAAGAUGUUUCUAUCGAUAAACCUUAAUGUCGGUAUUCUAAAGUAAUUUUCAACUUAACAAGGUAUCACCUUACAUUUGAUCCUCGAACAAAAUUUAUUUUAAAUUCUUUGACAAUGAAAUCAUAAAAAUAAUUUCCUUGCAAUAUUUACGUGUUAUUUAUUUCUCAACUUUUACAUUAUAUGUAAUAUUAAACGAAAUUGGACGACUAAACAUUUCAGAAAAAAAUCAAAGAGUUUCGUUAGAAGAGAUGUAAAUUUGAAAUUUUGCACACUUAAUGAACAUAUUAGAAAGCAGAAUUUCUAUAAUCUAAAUUUGUGAUACAGCGUCUAUGAAUGUAUACAAUUUCAAAUACAUUAAUAUUUCUUACACUUUUUGAAGAUACUGUUAAAAAAAAAAAGGAACAAAUGUAAAAAAAAAAUAACAAAACGAGAUAUCUUGUACUACAGAAAAAAUUCUUCGGAAAUUUAUUUUCACGAUUUACAUUUUAUUAGAUUAGAAUAUGUGGUGCAACUUUCUUUGAAACUGGUGUAAACAUAUUACUGUGAAACAAAUUUGAUCAUUCAUGAUCAUAGUCUAUGAUAUUGUUUUAGAUGGACGUAUGAUUUAUUUAAAUUAUGUUUCUAUUUAUUUUUUUUUUGUCAUUAAUUAAACCUUUAAUACUGUUUAGAUACUUGAGUGAGUAUCAUUAAAAGUUUCCGAUAAACGUAUUUCAAAUGUAAUAACAUUGUUCACACACAUAUAUAUAUAGUGCCAUGUCUUUCGAAAAUAUUAACAAAUUAUUCGCUAAAAUUAAUAAUAACUAACGUGUCAUUGAAAAAUGUAUGACCUGCUCUAAUUUUUUUUUGCAGAAGCAUGCUAUACAGUUUAUAUAAUAAUUUUGAUUACAGCAAACGAUUAGUGAUUUCGCAUAGCCUUGCUUUAGGAAUUAAUUAGUAGUACUUUUUUCUUUAUUAUAUUCAGUGUUCGUUUGCCUUUGCCAGAAAUAGACAUUUCAAAAAGAAUUUGAUAGUUUAAAAAUGUGUUACUUACACAGAGGGACUUACAUACUCGAAUUCGGAUAUAAUUUAUAAUAUUUUUUUGUUCUUAUCUUAUAUUCGCUAUGUUUACUACUUUAUAUUUAAAACUUGUAUUAAAAUAAAUUAAAUUUUAAUUACAUAAAAUGAAAUGAAUAUACAGUUAUAUUUGUAUACUUUGUGGAAUACACCUGUUAUAAAUACAUAAAAAUAGAAAGAAUAAGAAAUUACAAAUAUCCAUAUUGUUUUUACAAUAUUUAAUUUGAUGUUUUUGGAAAUUACACAAUGUAUGUAUGUAGUUUACUGUCUACUCGCUACAUUAGCACCAUGUUACAAGAACUAGUUUUCAAAAUUUAUAAAGGAAAAAUAGUUAGAAGAACUUAUUUUCGUGUUGACUUUUUUAUACAAAACUAUUACGUCUUUGGUAUUUCUUGCUUUGUUUACCUAUUAAUAUUCUUUGUGUCGAAUAAAGAAGUUCCUCUGUGUUAGGUGAAGUACUAUCCAGUCCGUAGAAAAUUUCUAAAAUUACACGAGUGUGUCGUAACUUAAAGUCAACAAACGCACAUGUAAUAUUAAUUUAUUUGAGUAACUUAACAAGGGCUUAAAUCUGUAUUUAAAUCUAGGCUUACCGAAAGUUAGCUUUAUGUAUAAUAUUGUAUACCAGAUACAUGUUUCGUUAAAAAUUUUCACUUAACUAGCAUUUGAGAAACAGUCUUAAGAAAUAUAUAGGGUUGUUUUUUAUUGUGAUAACUUCUAAUCAGAUCAAAUAUUGUAGGAGCAUUGUUAUCGAGGAGUAGACGCGGUGGCAAUGCGAUGAAAUCAAGUGAUAAAUAUAAGUAGAAUUUGAGUGCUAACGCAAUAGAUAUUUAUAAUGAAAAAUUGUACAUUUCUCGUGGCUCAUAAUAAAUUGGUUUUGAUUCUGUAACAAGAAUAUAAACCCUAGAGGAAGGAUAACGCAUUUAAAAAGUUUGAUAAUGUUGAUAAGUAUAAUUUUUUCAUACUUUUUACAGAAGUUAAUUGUUCACGGUCUGAUAUGUAUUAAGAAUGAAUUUUAUCAUUAAGUAUAUAAAUUGAUCCAUUAAUAGGAUGUUGAAAAUGUUAUUGUAAACUAUGUGUACAUAUUAUGAUAAUACGAAAGUUUGGCAUAGUUUUAAUAACAUAUACGCAUCACAAUACGGAAUGUCAUUCCGUAUAAUUGCGACAAGAUUAAAAAUUAAAUGCUACAAUAAUAGUUUUAUAAAUAUUUUAAUAAUGAAAAAUAUAAGAAACCACUUUCUUAGGUUUAACAUUUUUCAAUUAUUUCAAAUACAGUAAAAAUUUUAUUUUCUUUUUUCUUUUACAAUAUAGACUGCCUAAGUAAUUAUCCACGUUAAUGAUCUCAAAAUAAUUCCAUAAUACAAGUUACAUUUGAUUGUAAGAAAUUAUUAAAAUGUAAUUAAAGGCAACAAUUAUUAACAGGAAAAAAGCUUUUAAAUAAAUUUCUCCGUGUAAUUUGACAUUAUUAAUAUAAAUAACAAUUGAUAUUAAGUCACUAUGUUUAUGAUAUAAAUUCCAGUAUCAAGAAUAUUUUUCCAGGAAUAUACAUUAAUUUCUCUAACGACAUAACGUAUAAAGUUUAUAAAUUUAAUAGAGAUUUACAGAAGAAUUUUUAAGAACGAGAACAAGUGUAUAUUUUAAGGACCACAAAAUUAUUAUAUCAUUUUUAUUUUAUAACUAAAUAUAUCAAAUUUGGCAGUGAAUUUUAUUCAAAAUGAUUUUAUGUAUUAAAUUAACGAUCUAUACGAGAAAUAAAGCUUUUAUAAAUU